CCUUCUAAAAUCACCAACUUUCUUGUUUUUCUUCCCACUUCCUUCUUUUUUCAUCCAUUUCUCCUUCUCCUUCUAUAUAGAUCUUUAAUUAUUUACUUCCCCUUUCUCAUAAAUCAUGGCUUCUUCUGGCCAUAUACCACCACAUGAUCAAAACAACAACCAAUUACACAAUGUGAACUACAUCUCAUCAUGUUCUUCUCCAUCUUAUAAUAUUAGUAAUUCAGACUCCAAUUUUACCACUUUUGUCCAAGCUGACCCCUCCAACUUCCGUUCUGUAGUCCAAAAACUCACCGGUGCAGCAUCAGCUUCCCGGCAUCCCGUCGUCGGAAAAUCCAACUCCGGCGAGAAAGGUCCUCGGCGUCCGACUUUCAAGUUACACGAACGAAGGCAUAGCGCAAGAAAGCUUGAAAAUAUUCUCACUGGUAAAAUUUUGUCACCACCUCCUUCUAAUAGGCAAAUGGUUAUGGCUUCUCCAGUGUCACCUCUGGAAAUGCUGACACGUGGAAGUCCAAAAUCACCAAUGGAAGAAUUAGAAGAAAGAGCUAUUGCUGAUAAAGGAUUUUAUUUACAUCCAAGUCCACUUACUACACCAAGAGGCACUGAGCCACCUCAACUCUUGCCUUUGUUUCCACUUCAGUCCCCUACAGCUAGAGAUCAUUCUUCUUCUUAAUUAAUUAAAUUGAUGCCUGUCUUGACUCUUGUUUUAAGAUUAGAUAUAGCCAAAUUAAUCUUUAAUCUUUUUGUUAAUUCUGAUGUUGUAGUGCUCGUUGUGUCUCAAAAAAUAUUUAAAGAUGCUUAGAUGAUACCAUACGCUUGUACUUUUUUUUGGUUUUUCCAUUAGUCUUGCACUCUUUUUUAACGAAGUAGUAAAUGUGUGCCUAAAUUUUUAUCA